AUGUUAUACUUUGUUGCUGAAAUUAGACCUCACACUCUUGUAUUGGAUAGAAUUAUUAAACAAAUUAAAGACAAAUUUAACGAAAUUAUAUUAGACAUAGAACAUUAUUCGAAAAGAAAUAAAAGAGGAUUAAUUAAUGGUAUUGGUGCCGUUUGGAAAACCAUCUCAGGAAACUUAGACGCAUCAGAUGGUGAAUAUUAUGAUAAAUGCAUUAACCAAAUCGAAAAAGAUGAAAAACAUAUCGAAAACUUAAUGAAAAAUCAAAUACUAAUUACUACUUCAACAAUUAAAAAUUUCAAUUAUACUAUUCAAAAACUCCAAAUUGACGAAGAAACGUUUAACAAUGAUAUAAAAAUUAUUGAUAUUAUGAUCUCUAACAUAACCGACAAUAUGAAUCUACUUGAAGCGAAAAUUAAAGUUUUCAAUCUCUGCGAACAAUUAUUAGAAUCUUUUAUUUUUAUCAAUGGAGAACUUGACGAUAUUAUAAAUAGUAUAACUUUCGCGAAAAUAAAUGUUGUGCAUCCUUCUGUAAUACAGCCUCUAAACCUUUUAGAUGAACUCUCAAAGAUAAAUUCAGAAUUAAGAAAAGAUAGCUUACCUUUAGAUAACACCAAAGAAAACAUUCCAAAAUUUUUAAACAUUAUUAAAUUAGAUACAUAUCAAUCGAACUCUAAAAUAAUUUUUGUACUAAAUAUCCCAACAGUCCAAUUAGAUUCGUUUAAGCUGUAUCACUUAUUUUCCCUUCCAUUAAAAGAUGACCGAACUAAACUUUUCCAUACUAUCCUAAAUUCCCAUAAAUACCUAAUCACAUCCGAUUUUAAUCGACAGUAUGCAGUAACAAAUGACAUAGAUAAAUGUCAAAAUAUAGACACAAAGACGAAAAUAUGUAAAAACAUUGUCCUAUAUCCUGUAGACAAUAAUGCCAUUUGUGAAGCUCAAAUUUUGAUGAAUCCAAGAAAAAUCCCAGAAACAUGUGUAGUUUCGACCUUUGACUACCAAGACUACAAUGUUCAACCUCUAAAUACUAAUAAAUGGUUAAUAGUGACUAGCAAUCCUAUAUCUAUCACCAUUACAUGUGCCAAUACACCAACUGAAAUUGAAUACACCAAAACUAAUGUCAUUAUCCAAUUAAAACCAAUGUGUACCGGAUACAUAGGCGAAGUCAAAAUUUCGUCCAACUAUGAAAAAGCAGAAUCCAAUUAUACAGAUGUCAUAAUAACUCCACAAAUACCUUUCGAAUGUUGCCUACAUCUGCCGAAACAAGAAAAACUUCCGAAAUUAAAACCUUUGAAAAUUAACAAAUUCAACCUAGAUGAACUUAAAAUAGCAGAAACAAAAUUGAACCAAUAUCAAGACCAGCUUGAUGACCUUAUUAAUGAAACCAUCAUCACCAAACAUUGGCCAUGGUUCACUUACCUGUCAGUAACCAUUAAUGUUACUAUCAUAAUUAUCUACAUAUUCUGUAAAAUAAGAAGAAGAAGGACCAUCAUAAAUCGAAUCACCUCUUCAAAUCAACCUCCACCACCACCGUUUGGACCAACAACAAGGAUUCAACCCCUUCUCUCAAGAUCGCAACGAAGACGUCCCUCCAUUUCACGAGUGCGCGAUCCUAACAUUGAACAAAACGAACUUUCCGAAGUGAUAUUUAACGACAAUAAUAGUGUUAAAUUUGUGCCGGUUUAAAUUAUGAACUUUUAUGAACUAUUAUAAAACUCUUUUAUAACUUUAUAAUUUUAUUUAGAUUUUUAUUCUUCGAUAGAAUAAAACUCUUUUAAAACGGGGAGUUGUUAUAUCUGAUAGAUAAGCAUAUUCUAUUGUUUAUCUACGCAUUAGAAAUAUGAUACUUCUUUGUACAUUGUUGAAUAUUCCUUAGUUGCAGAAUACACUCUAAAAUUAGAAUACCUUAGUUUGUAAGAUAUUGUUCUUUGUUAGUAUAAGUUAUAUAUAGGAGUACAAUACUGUAUCGCAAUGAUUAUUAUUCUUACUUCCAUUCUGAUUGUUAGUCCAAUUCCAUCUUUAAUAAGUAUUUUGUAUUUUUAACUUUCUGUUCAACUAAAUAUAAUAACAAAUUGUAUAAUUAAAAUAAGUUUUUUUAAAAAAUUAAAUAAGUGUCGUGAUUCGCAACAUGCAUGUUAGAAAUAAUAAAAUAUUCACAUUUUUUCCACAAUUUCCAAUUGAGUUCUUUUUUUUUUUGUUUAUACGUAUAAAAGUAUAACUUUAUUUAAUGGAAUAGGUACAUCUCACCAGGAACUAUAAUUAUGUCUGAUGAAUGGAGGGUAUAUGAAAACAUCGAUCAAAUUGGGGGAGGAAUUUAUCACCACGAAGUGAUUAUUCAUGAAUAUAAUUUUGUGAACCCUGAAAAUCAACUAAUUCACACGCAGAACGUGGAAAAUAUGUGGAUGAGGGCGAAAAGAAAACUCCGUCGUCAAUUUGGUACCUCAGAAACUUUAUUUCUAUCAUACCUCCACGAAUUUAUAUGGAGAAACAAAUUUAAAAAUCAUAACAUGUUUAUGAGCAUACCAAAGUGUAUUAGGGAGCAAUAUUCUUAGGAAUAAUUUUGUUUUUAUUUUAAUUGAUUUUGUUUUUUAUUGUAAAAUAUAAAAUUA